UUCAGCUUACACAUACUAGCAUAUUUCCACUCUCCUAGCUUCACACUCCAGAUUGCCGUGUCCGCCUUCGUUCCCCUCAACUCCAUUGCAGAGUAGCUAGAUACAGGUAGAGCAGCCAUGGUGAAGUUGGCCACGGCGCGGGAGUGCCGCGCGUACAGCCUGGGCUCCGGCGGCGGCGAGGCGUCGCGCAACCGGCGGUGGGAGUACGUCAACGCUGGGGUGUACGUCUUCGCCGCCGUGCUCCUCGUCGGCGGCUUCCUCGCGCAGCUGUGGCCGUGGGCGGUGUCCCAGAAAACCGGCCUCGCGCUGGCCAUCAUCGGGCUGCUGGGCGUGGUGGGCGUGAACGCGCACGACCUCCUGGCGCACGUCGCCGGCGUCGACUACAACCUCGGGCUGGCCGGGCUGGACAGCCAGUUCGUCCUCGUAGAGCUCGCCGCCCCUGCCGUGCAUCUCGUCGGCGCCGUGCUCACCUUGGUCGCGCUGAUCUUCUUCGAGAUUCAGAUGGACAGAGGGUACCGGCACGGACUGGAGAAGCACGGGCUGAACCUGCUCAUCGCCGGUCCAGCGCUCUGGCUCCUCGGAUCCAUACACAACAUCUGCCAAAUCUACGAGCGAGCCAGCGGGCACGUCCAGAUCCUUCAGAAGAGCGUGCAGAUCCCGCUUCUGCUCGGCAGCACGAUCUACCUCGUCGGCGGCAUCGUCAAUCGACACGACAUCCACACCCAUUCCUCCGCUGGAUUAACCCUCCUGGGGAGGAGCUGGGCUUGGUUCUGCCUGUUCGGAAGCCUGCUGUUCUUGGCCGGAGGGCUCUUCAACCUCCUCAAGGUGUUCAAGAUGCAGCAGAUGGACGGCCGGGGGCUGGAGAAGCUCCGCGGCGGCGCUCAGGAGCGGCUGAGCAGGGAGAGGGAGGGCAAGGUGCCUCUCAUUCUGGAGGAGGGCCGGAGGAGGAACAAAGGAGACGAGACGUGGCCAGCGGCGGCGCGGCAUGAGCCCAGGGCUGCGCCCGUGGCGCCACCUCCGGAGGGGUCUUACAAGGAAGCUCUUGUGAGCGGCGGCAACUAGCAUUGCCCAGCUCAAUGUGCCAUAACAAGAAUAAAACAGGUUGCCCGCCUCAGUGUGCCAUGGCAUCAGGGGGUGGAGAAGCAUUGCCUUACGGCCACACCAUUCUCUAUUUUCAUAUUUUGUAUCUUUCUAUGUAAAUUACCUCGACUUUUGCUCACUUUUUGGUACUACUUGUUAGCAAGUGUAAUCGAUCACAUACCAGAAUAAUGUUUGGGCAAAUGGAACGUCUCAUAUAGUGAA